AUGUUAUAUUUUAAUAUUAGCGAUACGGAUAUUGAUUCUGGUUUGGAACAUCUUCCCACAGAAGAUUUAAAAAAUUUUCGGUGCUAUGUAAAAAAUCGACCUCAAUCAAAGGUAACUAAACUCGCCCAAAUUUGUGAUGGUGGAAUAAUUAUUAGUGAGAUUAACAAAAAAACUCUUACUCAAGCUCAACUCACCAUAAUGAAAGAAAAUGGAAUAGACAUUGACAAAUUGCACGAGGAAAAGGAAGAAGAAAUUAAUAUUG